CAAUCCUCAUCAGGACUUGAUUAAAGUGCGGUGGGGGCAGGGAUCAAAGAGCCGCAUCUCGCCAAGUGUGCUCCUGCUUGUGUGUCUCUUUUGAGGGAAACGAACUAGCUUAGCCGAGACACUAACGUGGGAAACAACAAUAAUAAUGGCCGGUGGAAGCUCCCUGGAAGCGGUCAAGAAGAAAAUCAAGUCGUUACAAGAGCAGGCGGAUGCGGCGGAGGAACGGGCAGCCUUACUCCAGCGGGAACUCAACCUGGAGAGGAGCGCGAGGGAAGCAGCUGAGGGUGAUGUCGCUUCCCUGAACAGACGUAUCCAGCUCGUUGAGGAGGAGUUGGAUCGUGCUCAGGAGCGUCUGGCCACAGCUCUGACCAAGCUGGAGGAGGCUGAGAAGGCUGCUGAUGAGAGCGAGAGAGGCAUGAAGGUCAUUGAGAACAGGGCGAUGAAGGAUGAGGAGAAGAUGGAGCUGCAGGAGAUCCAGUUGAAGGAGGCCAAACACAUUGCUGAGGAAGCUGACCGCAAAUACGAGGAGGUGGCCCGUAAGCUUGUGAUCAUUGAGAGCGAUUUGGAACGUACAGAGGAGCGUGCUGAGCUGUCUGAGAGCAAAUGCUCUGAGCUUGAGGAGGAGCUGAAGACUGUACAGAACAACCUGAAGUCUCUGGAGGCUCAGGCAGAGAAAUACUCACAGAAGGAGGACAAGUACGAGGAAGAGAUCAAGGUUCUUACAGACAAGCUGAAGGAGGCUGAGACUCGUGCUGAGUUCGCUGAAAGAUCAGUCGCAAAGCUUGAGAAGACCAUUGAUGACUUGGAGGACCACCUUUACAAGCAGCUUGAGAAAAACCGUCUCCUCACCAACGAACUACGGGUAGCCUUAAAUGAGGCCUGAACUGGGGAUCGGGCCCUUGUUUUGGUUUUCUGUCUUCACAAAUCCAGUUUCGAAACAUUUGCGUCAGACUUUUGUUACAAAGAGCAUCUUCAACCCCUCAAUGCUGUCAAUCGGUAGGAGGCAAAGCAAUCCUUUUUAUGGCCUUUAUGCAUGCAGGGAAGGUCAGACAGACAAUUUUUUCCGUUAUCAGAGCUGCCUGUCGCACAACAGUCUGUUAGAAUCUGUACAGUACUUGCGAGAAGUGGAGUAACUUCUCAUGGUUCUGAACCAUGUCCAAACUGUACGACUCACAAAAACUUAGGGAUAUUCGUUGAGCUUGUUAAAGAACAAGUGUUUAAACAUUGUACAGUUGAACACUCGCUACAUGGCGGUUUUCAAAAAUGUAUUAAAUGAUCGCUGUUUUGUGGUUGACCAUGGCCUAUUAUAAAUCCAAAAUAUGCAUAUUUAAAUUUAAUUGUAUGUAUUUUGGACCAAAUUAAACAUUUUCAAGUGUAAAAAUGGCUAAACUAAAACAAAUACAACAUAAGCCAUUAAGACCAUCGCUCAACUUGUCUAUGUAGUAUUCUACAGUGACCACUAGGUGUCAGUAAUUGUUUGGUGAGACAAGUACGACACUCGAUCACCAGAACAGGCUUUUAUUGCAGUAAUAUCAUAAUUAUAAUUAUAGCUCGAGUUACUGCUGUGGACUAUGGCCACAACAAACUAACUCACCUCUUAACCCCUGACCUCACUUCCUGUCCGCCACUGAUUCUACUUCCCUACAAGGUAAACUGACUUAAAUGGCUUAUUCUCUGUGAUUAUAUCUACUAUAUUGGUAAUACAAAUGUAGAGGGUGUUUUUUCAUUUCUGGAUGGCUGUAAUAAUGUUAAAAGUUGUAUUUAGAAGAUUGCAAACAGGAUUUCGAGGUCAUAACUAAAAAAUAUUUCAUUUAUAAAGGACACCUACUUGGCGAUCGGGUCUGGAUUAACAACAAUAAACUAGGGAUUCCUGUAUGCGUAACUUUUUGUGAGUUGUAUAUGGUGCAGCAUGUGUAGCUACACUUGGAACCAAAUCGGAUUUGGUUCCAAAUCAGACUCACUUUGUGUGAUUACGCUCUGGUGCUAAGAUGGGUAUGCAUUUUUAAUUCUAACCAGCACUAAAGCAAUGCUGGCAGUCGCUUGACAAGUGCGCUCACGCUAUCCAUAUGGUGUUAGUAGUAGUGUGCGUUUUGAAACUAUCAAGAAGACAACCUAUCAGCUGUCUGUGACAGCAAUGCAACAUGCAGUCAGAGUUGGAACUGUCAAUCAAAUGUAUGACACCCCUUAAAUUCACCAGAUUGAUGCGCAAAUGUGACUUGAGAGCCGCCUCAUUCAACUUGGGCUACAUAUGGGUCUUAUAUGCAUAAUGUAGUCAUUUCUCAUAAAACUUCUCCUUUUGACUUGAAACUCCAGGUACUGGAUAUAAACUUUUGACUGCUUAAUCAAUACUAGCACCUAACAGUCACACUAUGAAUUGUCUAACAAUAUUGUCUAACUCUUAUUUAUAAACCUGACUAGAGCUUCCUGUUUGUGUGUGCCCACUGUGUCUUAACGCUGCAAUGCUAUAU